AAAUUUUUAAAGUUAAAUCAAUAUUAGAUUAUUUCGCGUGCCUUUUUCCAGUUUUUAAGAGCCUCUAAUUGCUUGGAUCUCUUAUGUUGUACUUGUACGUGAACGCGCUGAUCGGAUAAUCUUGUCAGAAAGAAAUUAUAUGUGAGAUAGUUGUAACGAUCACCACCGAUUCUACAUUAUUACAAAUCGAGUCGAAAAUCGUGGUAUAUAUCACUUCAGUAUCACGAGAAUCUACGGUUUCUCAACUUUCUCCAACAUUGGUUCAGGGACUGCUUUCCAGUUAAUUGUGCUUCAAAUUACCACUUUAUGUAUUCUAUUGGUGCAUUGUCCAUAUAUAAACCACCUUUUGUUGAUCAAUAGAUUUAUCUAACUCUCGAACCAAAUUUAUAACAUCAUAAACAUAAAUCAUCAUCACAAAUUUUCGGCGGAAACAAAUAAUAAUCGACAAAAGUUUCCUAAAUUAUAGGGUUAUACAAAAGGGUACGUGGGCCAUACAAUAGCAUGUGCAUGCAUGUGCUUCUCCUAUCUCCUAUUGCCCCCACCAUUUUCCCUCUCGUUUUGAAACGAAUAAAAUGGACCAUCUUCUUCUCCUUUCUCUCUCCCUUACAUCUCUGUCUCUAUCUUGUCGAUUUCACUAAUUCGUGAGCUGAUCGCAGAUUUUUUCUUAGCAAUCUUCGACACUCAACAAAAUAAGCUGAAGAAAUAUUCUACAAAAAGGGAUGCAACCUACGAGCUCAAUGAAUGAACAAUUCCUAAAGAAAUGGCAAAUGGGUCUUCAAAUAUUCCGUCCUUCGAUAGACAACACGAGUGUCUCCGAGAGAAAGAGAGCAAUAAAGCUCUCUGCAGACGUUGCAAUGGCGUCUCUAAGAAAAGGAACGACAUGUUGGAGCCGAGCCCUAAUCCAGAAAGCCGCCACCCAGGACAAUUUCCUCGUACGUCAAAUGCUCUCUGGCAUCAAAGAGGAAACGCUAAUCAACAAGAAGUUGCCUAAGAUUGUGUGUCAUAGAAAGAUUGUGAGAAGAAGCAAGAAGAUCUUGAUGAGGAGGAAAUCGAAAUCAGCGAUGGAAGAGGUCGCAGCAAAAGCUAAGAAGCUCGUCAAGAGAAAGACUCAAGGGUUAAGAAACAUUGUCCCUGGUGGAGAGUUUAUGAGCAAUAACGUCUUGUUGAUACAAGAAACGUUAGAUUACAUUGUCUCACUUCAGACACAAGUGAAUGUGAUGAGGAGUAUUGUUGAUGCUGCUGAUGCUGGAGUUGAACGGUAAAAGACUUUUUUUUUUGCACGAGAUUAUUUGUGAAAUCAUGAGAUCAUUGUUGGUCGAUAGGACCGUAUAUUAUAUGGACAUGGAAAAUGUGAUACGACAGUAAGUUGUAUUUGUACAUAAGAAAAUUUAUAUACGCUUAUAGGAAAGUUUCAUUUACAUUAUGGUGAUUUUAGUUAUAACAUUUUUUUUUAACA